UAUGUGGGCUGAGGAAGGCUAGAAAAUGUCUCUCUGUAGUGGGAAAGUGGGAAUUAAGAGGAUUUUUUUGGGCGGGGAGGGCUGAAGUACUUCUGUGUAGCUCAGGGAGCAGUCUAGGCUCUCAAAACUUGUGGCUUAUUGGGAGUUUUGUGUUACUACUCAUCAGCGUUUUAGAACUAGUGUCCUAGUAGAUAGUGCAGUGACUGAGCCAGGCUCAUGAGCUACUCUUCUUUAGUUUUGUGAGCAGUAUAAUGAGUAUAGUGGCUGGAGACAGCUGAAUUAAAAUUAUUAAUGUUUAUGGCACAGCAGUGCCCUUUUUGGAGUUGAUAUUGCUGUAAAGCACUCUGUAAAGGUCGAAGGCUAUAGCAUUACUGCCGUGGCUUGUUCCGAUAAAAGGCACUUGUAGUUCAGGACUAAGGUAACCACCAGUAGAGCCAAGAAACACCACUUUUUCUCCUCAAACUCUCCUAACCUUCAGCAGCUUACAGAUUUGCUUAUCUGUAGUUUAUGAUGUUCAGUGUUAAGAUGCUUGAUUACAUGCAGGUUUUCCUGUUACUUGCUUCAAGUGUAAACUUGAUCAACUUCUUCCUUGUCAUUUUGUUUAUUCCUUUCAAGUAGGCUGUUCAUUUUUGAUGUAGCAACAGACCUCACAGACUUUGCACUUAUGAACUUGCACUGCUUAUGUCCAUGUGUCUUUGUAUGUAGGAGACAGUCUCCUCAGUAGAUAGCUAAAACAGAUGCUUAGUCUCUGUAGCAGCUAAGGGAUAACAUCCUUGUCUUUCUGCUUUGUUGACUGAUGCAUUUUUCCUCAUUCUCAGCAUUUUUACAAUGUCUGCAGAUCCUCUUGCUAUUCUGGUGCAGAUGAAAGUGUUCUUAUGGUAGGCUGCCACAGAUUUUGAGUUUGGGGGAAAUGUAGAGUCCCUUGUAUCGUCUUUGGGUUGAGAACGGAGUUGUCUGAAGGCUGGGAACUUGACUUCUCUCCCUCUCUCCAUGCUACUGCAAUUCCUCCUAUACCAAAACCACUGCCAGCAUUGUGUGAGGAACCACCCAUGCUUUUUUGGUGAGAAUCCUACAUUGGUUUCACUCUGUGGCGCUAGUGUUGGCUCGUGCUUGUGGAAGAGAAACUGUAUAUAAAUUGGCAGCGUUCAGGAAGGGGUGUGCCUGCAAAGGCUCUGUUUUCUGAAGGAGAGAGAGCUGAUUACAGCCUGACUUGGAGCUGUCAUUAUUCCGUGCUCUGUUCUGAUUUCCUGCUGCUUUGCUAGCAAAUGCUGAUUUGUACCCAUGAGAAAUUAUGACAGUAAUAACUAUUGCAGGAUUGUCUUGCUGAAAGCAAUUGACCCUGUCAGUUUAUCAGUACCCAGCAGUGAGUGCAGGAUCCUGUUCUUUGACCCUUUUCUCAGCUCUUUUGCCAUAUGCUCAUCAGUUGCAGUUUGAAGGAGCACAAAAUAUGUAAUUAAUGCACCAGAGGUGACAGAGCCACAGCAGAAAGUCUGCUGUUGCUCGUGAAACGGAUUCUGAACGCUUCCUCAUCUUCCUUUCCUGCCUCUAAUAUCGAACCUACAGACUGCUGUAGGAUGGCAUUUUACUUUUUUGGGCACAAAACACAAUAGUGUGUGUUGUGUCUCUUCUGUAACUGCCCAGGGAAGGACUGAGGGGGUAAGUGGUUCUGGCUUCCUCUGUGCUGCUUGUGAGGCCAGGAUUAGGAUGGCAUAAGAAGCAACAGGAGGAUAGUGGGUAUCAGAAGCUGCUUUUGAAGAGUGGGUGUGUGAGGAGUCCACUGCUAAAUACCUGCUGCAGAACUGCACUCAGGUACCAGCUAGACAGCUACCAGACAGAGAUGAUGGUUUUAAAUGAGUUUCAUGAGGAGUCAUAGAAGCAAGAUGUAGCUAUUUUUAACCAAGAAAACUUAGAGUGUUGGGUUCAGUGGUUUUAGAGUGAGAGUCAGCAUUUCUUUGCUUGUGUAAAAGGAAAGGGAACACUAUUUUUUUUUUUUUGGAGAAUCAUAGAAUCCUCCAGUAGUUAUUACUGUGAUAAUUUCUCAUGGCUACAAAUCAGCAUUUGUUAGCACAGAAGCAGGAAAUUGGGACAGGGCAUGGAAUAAUGGCAGUUCCAAGAAUAUGGUUGUUGAGUCUCUACCACAUUGCAUAGGACGCGCAUUUGAAGGUGCUGAGAAUAGAAGCUAUUGGUUUUAGCUGAGCAGGUCAGUGAGUUCCAUCUCUAGACGUCCCUUCAGACCCCUACAAGUUCUGUGAUUUGGGGCUGUUACUGUGCUGAACUGGAACCACUGAUGUGCCAGUGGCUCAGUGUUUACUCAUCUUCCAUCCCAAGCCUGUAGGUGGUGGCAGGGCUGGGCUAGUCCUAUCAGGUUGGGACCUGAUUCUUCUUCCCCACCUGGAAUGGCUUUCCCAAGUUCUCGUGCAGACUGUGUUGUUUGGAUUUGAACAGUGCAGGGCAUGCUGAAGGUCUCAAUAUUUUAGCGAUCUGACUGGAAGUGUGCACAGCCUCCUUCCUGCGGGAGUGUAGGACCCAGCUGGAAUGCCUACAUGAACCUUGUUUAUCAGGAAGAGGCUUUGUGAUCUGCUGUAGCAGGAAACAGACAGUGCUGACCUCAAGGCGCAUUAGUCAUCUGAUGCUGUGUAGGUUGAUGUUGCCUGGGAAGAUUGUCCUGUUUCUUGAGGGAGGCAUGUAAGUGGCAAACAUGAAGCGUGGGGGAUUCAGGCAGUGUCGUUGAUACAGUCAGUGCAGGGACAGGCAUACAUAGUAUGCAAAGGCAGUACUGUAGACCUUCAGAAUAGUGCAUCAAGUUGUCUACACUGCAGCUGGGACUCUGUUAACGCAGCUGUGACCCUCCAGUCAAUACAGAAUGUUCAGAAGGUGUUAAGAUGGCACUGAACAGUGGCAGAGGGCUUUGUAUUGUCAUUCUCCACUUAGUGAAUUUCUGCCUUGGUAUAAUCCCAGCAGAUGGUUAUCCAUUCUUUGCUGGCUGUCCUGGUGACUGUUGUCCUGCAUGCAUUCUUUAGGCCUACAGAGAUCAAGGCUGGUUUUGUUAUGGGUAAACACAGAAUCUGAUCUUCUUUGUGAAGCUGUUAAUACCAAUAUUGGAAAGAUCUGACAAGCAUAAAUUUCCUUAGUAUUUUAUGAGUGAGGCCUUGGAGAAGAAGAUUUUUGAGAUAGUAAAGUGGUCUACACAAAAUUUAGAGAUUGUGUAGAAGCUGUUACGUUAACCAUCUUGGUGUCCAUUGGCUUUGUGCAGAGCAAUUUCUGUAGCCAGCUGGAGCAGGGAGGUAAUCUUCCCCCUGUAUGCAGCUCUGGUGAGGCUGCACCUCGAGUACUGUGUUCAGUUUUGGGCCCCUCACCACAAGAAAGACAUGGAGGCCCUGGAAUGUGCCCAGAGAAGGGCAAUAAAACUGGUGAGUGGUCUGGAGCACAGGCCUUAUGAGGAGUGGCUGAGGGAGCUGGGAUUAUUUAGUCUGGAGAAGAGGAGGCUCAGGGGAGACCUCAUUGCACUCUACAACUUCCUGAAGGGAGGUUGUGGUGAGGAGGGGGUCAGCAUCUUCUCCCAGACAGCAAAUAGGACCCGAGGAAGUGGCCACAAGUUGUGCCAGGGGAGAUUUAGAUAAGAUGUAAGGAAAAACAACUUCUCUCAAAGAGUAGUCAGACACUGGAAUGGCCUGCCCAGGGAGGUGGUGGAAUCACUGUCCCUGGCAGUGUCCAAGAGGCGUCUGGAUGAGGUGCUACAAGAUAUGAUUUAGUGGCUUAGUGGGUAGUAAUGGUGAUGGGAGGAUGGUUAGACUUGAUCUUGUAGGUCCUUUCCAACCUUGUGAUUGAUUCUAUGAUUCCUGCAGCUGGGUUGUGUCUAGGCUGCCAGGAGCUGAGAAUUUGAGGGUGAGACCAGGUGUCUUGUCUCACCCUUGGAGGUGAAGGAUAGUAGAUUAAGCUGCCGGGUGAUGAACCAGAAAGAAGAGCAAAAGGAGACUGGGAAUCCGUGAGUGGAACUGCACGGGACUGUUGGGAUCCAAUGCAGCUCUCUGUAGGCUGAUGGCUGUUAAUGACAGAUGGCAAUGUCAGUACGAGUGUGCAUUUUUCAGCAGAUCUGGUGGCUUCUCGUGAGAUGAUGGACCAGAGGUUUCUGGUUCUGGGGCCGUCUGUAUUCUUUAGAAUUGAAUCGAAGUUUGGAUUUUGAAAUGCUAGAGUUGGCCACAAUCCACUUCAUUUCUGUAAUAGCUGAAAGCAGUUUGUGUUAAUUGGCCUAAUUUUAACUGAAUCAUAGUAAUUUAGGCUGCAGAGGACAUCAGGAGGGCAUCUGGUAUAGCCACCUGCUCGCGGUGCAAUUAGCUACGCUUUUCCAGUCCUAAAAUGAACAAAAGAAUCCAUUUCAGACAAAGAAAAUGGGAUCGGUUUCCUUCAGCCUGCAGUAUGACAGCGCUGAGCUGUGUGGAAUCUGCAUUUAUAGUGGGGAAGAUUUGGUUAGUCUUAAGAGUGUUUGUUGUUAUUAUGAGGGAUGUUAGAACGCACGCCUAGCUGUUAGCUUUGGGAAUUUGAACCAGGGUGUAGUUCCCUUCCCUGCGGCGUGGAGAGAAUUAUUAAUCACCAUACUCACAGUGCUAAAGAUAUGCUCACGUGACUCAAGUGACACUAUGGCUGGAGCUUGGCAAGCGAUGUAAAGUGCAUGAAAAAGUAUGUUUCGAGAGCAGAUCUUAGCAUCUCUUAUGUGCCCUUUGCCGUAUCUCCAAGACAGCCGAGCUGUGUGUGCUGGUAAAUCUGCAGCGGUCUAACAUCUUUCUUAAAAAGGCUGUGGCAUUUCGUGCCAUUUUGUGCUUCUGCAGCUUGCGGAGUGGCUGAUGGCCCCCUCUACAUAUUGGAAGGCCGCUCUCAAGUCUCCCUGGAAAUUAGAGGUGAGGAGAAAUUAUUCAGGGAGUCCUUGCAUCCAUUCUAGUUGUCAUCUUGGUUGACUAGUGUGCUCUUCUCCAGACAACCAGAGACGGAAUAGGCCGAGCUUGUUGGGUGGUCCUUGCUCUUGAAAGAAGUCAAGAGUGACCAAAGAAAGAAGAGGAGGGAGCGGGCAGAGAGAGUUCUGGGGAAUAAGACAAAUCCCUCGUUGUCCUGAUGCUUGAUGGGAUUGCUAGCAUUCCAGGGUAGCCUGACUCAGCAAUGUUUUGGUUGUGAGAGAAACAUCAUCUAAUUACAUCAUGGCUGUGCUGGUGAAAAAAGGCCUGACCUGUCACAGUCUGCUCUCCUUGACGAAGAAUUCUCAGUUUUCCCAGUGAUGCUGUGUUUCCCAACCGAGACUUAUCUGGUGUUAAUAGUCUCAGAAAAUGGAGAAGCUGGAGUCUUCACAGUUAGGCAGUUUUGGUGUAGGAAGUUGUUAGCUGAACAAGGAAGCCAACUUUUAUAACGCAUCCAUAGGAAGCGUCUCCACUACAGCCUUUCACCACACAGGAGAGAGACUGAAGAUGUAGGCAGCUGGCAAAUGUGAAAGCGAUGAAGAGGUGUUGUGAGGCUGACAGUGCUUUUUAUAGAGCGUGUGUUUUCUGGGAAGGACGUAAGAAGGGAGAUAAACAAGUGAUGACUGUGGCAAGCUGAGAAAUAGCUGCAGCAGACCAAGAUGUGCCAAAGAGAAGAUCACUGCAAAAAGGUCCUCAGGCUCCAUCAGCCACCAGCUGAUCACACUGCAGCAGUGUAGGUGUUGCCAUGAGGAUUAGGAGGUGUCCUGUCUGCUUUGCUGUUUCUCUUUUGGUCCUGCUGAGUAAACACCAGAGAGUCCAAUACGUGGGCAGAGCACACGUUUUAAGAGAGCUGUGAAACCAGUUGCUGUACAUACAUGCAUCUGUGUAAAAGUACUCCAAGUCCAGGGGCCUCUGUGGCACUGCAUGGAUGUAAGAACUGUUACACUCAUUGGGUUAGACUCUGCUUUUUGAGAGAUGAUGCUCCGACGAGGAUUUCUUUUAUUUCUCCCUCGACUUGUAGGCCUGCUGGUAGUGGCCUGUUGCUCUGUGUCCAUUGUUUAUAUGCUGGCUUGCACACCCAAGGGUGACACCGAGCAGCUCGCAUUGCCCAGGGUGCACAGUCCAACCGCCAAGGAGGGAUAUGAAGCUAUUCUGCAGGAGCGAGAAGAGCAGCACCGCAACUACAUCAUCAGCUUGAAGAAACAAAUAGCCCAGCUGAAGGCUGAGCUCCAGGGCAAGAGCGAGCAGCUUAAAAGCAUGCAGGACCAAAACCCACACCCUCUGGACAUUCGGCUUGACCACAGUAACCCAGAGAAGGCCCAGGCUAAUCUGCUGGCUUUCCUCCGUGCCCAAAUAGACAAAGCAGAGGUGCACAGUGGUGUUAAGCUGUCCACAGAGUAUGCAGCUGUACCCUUUGAGAGCUUUACCCUGCAGAAGGUGUACCAGCUGGAGACAGGGCUGACACGCCACCCAGAAGAGAAACCUGUGAGGAAGGAUAAGCGAGAUGAGCUGGUAGAGGUUAUCGAGUUAGCUGUUGGGAAUUUGAACAAUCUGGAGCGGGAUGGCAAUACAAAGCACCGCAAAUACACAACUUCUGACUUCAUUGAAGGGAUCUACCGCACAGAAAAAGACAAAGGCACGUUGUAUGAGUUGACUUUCAAAGGGGACACAAAACAUCAGUUCAAGAAGAUUGUUCUAUUUCGGCCAUUUGGUCCUGUAAUGAAAGUGAAAAAUGAGAAUGUCAAUAUGGCCGACACGCUUAUUAAUGUCAUUGUGCCAUUGGCCAAGAGAGCCAGCAAAUUUCGUCAGUUCAUGCAGAAUUUCAGGGAAACGGGCAUUCAGCAGGACGGGAGAAUUCACCUAACAGUAGUUUACUUUGGAAAAGAACAAGUGAAUGAGGUCAAAUCUAUACUUGAAAAUACCUCCAAAUCAACCAACUUCAAGAACUUCACUUUCAUCCAACUAAAUGAAGAGUUUUCCAGGGGCAAAGGAUUAGACAUCGGUGCUCGAGUUUGGAAAGGAAGCAACGUUGUUCUUUUUUUUUGCGAUGUGGACAUAUAUUUCACAGCUGAAUUCCUGAACUCUUGUAGAUUGAACACACAGCCAGGAAAGAAAGUUUUUUAUCCUGUACUCUUCAGCCAAUAUAAUCCCAGUAUAAUUUAUGGCCAUCAGGAUUCCAUCCCAUCUUUAGAACAGCAGCUGAUUAUUAAAAAAGAAACUGGAUUUUGGAGAGACUUUGGUUUUGGGAUGACUUGCCAGUACAGAUCUGAUUUUAUCAACAUAGGUGGAUUUGAUCUGGACAUUAAAGGCUGGGGUGGUGAAGAUGUACAUCUGUACCGCAAAUACCUUCACAGCAAUCUCAUCGUGAUCAGAACGCCUGUCAGGGGUCUCUUCCAUCUCUGGCAUGAAAAACGAUGUCUGGACGAGCUGACCCCAGAGCAAUACAAAAUGUGCAUGCAAUCCAAGGCCAUGAACGAGGCUUCUCACGGCCAGCUAGGGAUGCUUGUUUUCAGGCAAGAGAUUGAAACUCACCUGCACAGACAGAAACUGAGCAGUAAGAAGACUUGAAGCCAGAAAUUUGCUAACAAAAGAUGGGUUAAGACUGAAAGAGGAUGGAGAUUUCAGCAGGCUGGCAGCAAAAGCAGAUGAGGGAAAGUGCUUGUCCUCACUUCUUCUGAUUUCUCUUAAUAGGGCUUUUAAAUUCUCCAUUAGCCUGUCCAGCGCUUGCUCCCGGGGGAGACUUGAACACUUGAUGAGAUUAAAGGUCAUGGAGACGAUGAACAUUCAUAAAUACCAGUAUGAUACAGUAACAAAGGAUAUGCUCUUCCAUUGGAAUGUUUGUAAGAUGCAUGCAGUUGUUUAAAAGAUUGACCCAUCGGUGGAUCAGUAAUAAGGAGCUAUUUUCUACGUAUCUAAAAAGGGCUGCAUUCAAAAAUAUAAAGUUCCUGCUCUGAAAAGGAAAUCUGAUCGUUAACAGUGGUUAAGCUGGAGUGACCAAAAAUCUUUUUUCCUUAUGGGACUUCGGUGGGGGGACAGCUGCAGUGUACUUACAGGUUUAUUCACCAGUUCAUUCAGUGACAAGAGGCAUCUCAGUGCUUUCUAAUAUUCAGAAAGAGAAAGCCCUGACGGUCAACUGAUUUUUCCAGAACAUGUAAGGUUAGUGUUGAUUCUAUUUUGUGGACAGUAAACAGAAAGCAAUCAGCUGUGUCUGUAUCACAUGAAUCAGAUGGUGUAUUUCUGCUUUAGAAUACUGUAAGUAUCUCAACUUUCUUUUUUUUAAAUGGAUUUGGUUUUGCCUGGGAAUUAUGUUGUCAAUACUUGUGGUUUUCAAAUUCUAGCCUUACUAGGAAACAGUACAGCCUUCCAACACUUGGAAAAUGCUCUGCAGAUCGGUUUUUCCGGUGGAUGGGAACUUGGUUCAGAUAAAUGAAUUGAUUUUACUGUAGAAGCUGAGUGCUGGAAGGAAGAAACUUUACGCUGGAGAAGAGGAAACACAUUUGAGCUUGGAGUACUGAUUUAGCAGGAAGCUUCAAAGUCUGAAUGCCAGUUACCAAAAUUAAUGAACAUUUUCUGACUUUAUACCAAAGCAUUCCUUCUAAACCAAAUCUAGAAUCUUGCCCAAGGCAUUGCAGCUUUUUGUAAUUAACAAAAAUAAAAUUUUUUGAUGAAUUA